AUGUCGUUAACACCAUCAACAUCACUCGAUGAACCACUUAAAUUAACUGAUAGCAACAACAACAAAAACAAAGAUCAUGGAUCUAAUAAAUGUAUGCAAAUUUUAACCACUCGUACGCUAUUAUGCAGUGCUAUUUAUUUUGCACUUGCUUAUUUUAUUCAAGGAAUAACCGAUAUUGCAUCUGGAUUUGUUAAUUUACCUUUACAAACUAUAUUAAAAGAUAAACUUCAACUUUCACCAUCUCAGAUGGGUACUUUUUUCUUUUCAUGUACAGUAACCUGGUCAAUCAAACCUCUCUAUGGUCUUCUCAGUGAUUUUGUACCAAUAUGUGGUUAUCAUCGUCUUAUAUAUCUUCUUAUGACUACAAUGAUUAAUUUAUUUGCUUGGAUCGCUCUGUAUUUUGUACCGACUGAGUAUAAUUAUUUAAUAAUUUUCUGCAUUUUAGCAGCAUUUUCACUUGCAUUCAAUGAUGUUCUAAUUGAUGCAUUGAUGAUUACAAUUGGUCGGCCAUUGGCAUUAAUUGGUACAUUACAAGGUAUUCAGCAAACAUCAGCUAAACUUGCUUCAACUGUUUCACAAAUUCCAGCUGGUAUUCUUGCUACUUAUUCCGUAUCAUAUCAAAAUAAUCAAACAUCGAAUAAUGAUACAUCAACAAAUUUUAAUGAUAAUAGUAAUUCAAAUAAAUAUAUUUUUUUAAUUGCUUCUGCCUGUCCUGUUAUAUUAUUUCUUGCAACAUUAAUAUCCGUACGUGAACGUCGACGAAAAUUAAAUAAAAAUAAUUUUGCUCAAACAUGGUCAAGUUUAGCUGGAAUAUUUAAAUAUAAACGAUUUUGGAUUAUUACGAGUUUUCUUUUUAUUUAUUCUGCAUCGCCACAAGUAAAAACAGCUUUAUUUUAUUAUCAACGAGAUGUACUCAAAUUUAAUCCAUUUUAUGUUUCCAUAUUAAAUACACUCUAUAAUGGAUGUGGCAUUUUAUCUGCUUUACUUUAUUUAACAAUAUUUUCUCAUCAUCCAACAAAACGUGUACUUCGUAUUGCAAUUGUUAUGCGAAUGUUUGCAAUUGCAUCCUAUUUAUUUGCAACAGAUAAAAUUACGUCAAUAUGUGUUGCUAUUUUUACAGGUUUUUGUUCUGAAAUAACAAACCUAGCACUAUUACAUUUAGCAGCGAAAUCUUGCCCAAAAAAUAUCGAAGGUACUCUAUUUGCAUUAUUUGUCUCAUGUGUUAAUUUUGGAGCAGCAACUGGAGAUUGGCUUGGUUCAGCAAUAUAUGAAUAUUUAGGUUUUAUUGCUCUUAUCAUUAUAGCCGUUGUCUGGAUUGGCACAACUAUAUUAGCAACAUGCCAUAUUGGUGAAUAUGGCAUUAAAUCGACCUUAGAUGAUGAUGAUGAUAGUGAUGACAAAUAUCAUUAUUAUGAUGGUGAAAUAAAGGGAUCAGGAACAGAUGAUGGAGAUGAACUGGAAGAAACAGACAUAAAAAGGACAUCUGAACAGUCAGACCAGAAAGUUCUUAUGAUUUAA